AUGCUUCUCCUCCGCCGCCCGCCCGUAUGGCGAUGCCGCGCGCCCACGACCCGCGCCUUGGGGCUCACGGCGCUCCCACUACAGAAGGUGCCAAUGGGAUGCAGGUGCUAUUCGGCCAGCACGACAAACGAGCAGGCGGUGGUGCCGCUGGCGCAUACGAGGAAUAUUGGCAUUAUUGCGCAUAUUGAUGCUGGGAAAACUACGACGACGGAGAGAAUGUUGUAUUACAGCGGGUUUACGAGGAGGAUUGGAGAAGUCGACGAAGGCUCCACCGUAAUGGACUACCUCCCCGCCGAGCGCACCCGCGGCAUCACCAUCACCUCCGCCGCCAUCACCUUCACCUGGACGCCCUCGUCCUCCCCCACCCCCGCCACCCCCUCCCCGCACACCAUAAACCUCAUCGACACCCCCGGCCACGCCGACUUCACCUUCGAGGUCGAGCGCUCCAUCCGCGUGCUCGACGGCGCAGUCACAAUCCUCGACGGCGUCGCCGGCGUCGAGGCCCAGACCGAGAAGGUCUGGCGCCAGGCCCACGCCUACUCUAUCCCGCGCAUCAUCUUCGUUAACAAGCUCGACCGCGUCGGCGCGCGCUUCGGACCCACCGUCAAGGAGGUCGCGGCGAAGCUGAAUGGCUGGCCCGCGGUGUGCCAGCUGCCCGUGUAUGACCCUGACACGAAGGGGGGGGAGGACGUGUUCCGGGGGGUGGUGGACGUGGUGGAGAAGCGGGUGUUCCUGUGGGACGGGGGAGAUGGCCAGAAGAUUGAGCUGCGGGAUUACGAGUGGCUUGAGGGGCAGCGGCCGGAGCUGUAUGAGGAGGCGAAGGCGGCGAGGGUGGCGCUGGUGGAGCUCCUGGCGGAGCAUGAUGAGGAGCUUUCGACGCUGAAGGGUGACGGCAAGAUCAUCCCCGUCUUUGCCGGCGCCAGCUUCCGCAACAUUGGUGUGCAGCCGCUUCUGGACGCUGUGGUAGACCUGCUGCCGUCGCCCCUGGACCGCCCGCCAGUGGCCGUGUCGUAUAACCAAGGGAAGCACCGGGGCACACUGGACGUCACCGAUCAGAGUAAGGUGUGCGCGCUGGCCUUCAAGGUCGUCAACGACCCGAAGCGCGGGGCAAUGGUGUUUGUGCGGGUGUACUCGGGCACGCUGACCCGCGCGCACAACCUCUUCAACACGAACCUGGGCGUCAAGGAGCGCGCCACCCGGCUGGUCCGCAUGUAUGCCGACGAGGCGGUCGACAUCGCCGCCAUCCCGACGGGCCACAUCGGCGUCAUCAUUGGCCUCAAGCACGCGCGCACCGGCGACACCCUCGUCUCCGAAACCACAGGCCCGGGCACACACAAGUCCAAGCAAAAGAACAGCAAGGCCCCGCAGCUCGCCACCGACACGCUGCAGCUGCGGCCCAUCGCCGUCCCACCACCUGUCUUCUUCGCAGCCAUAGAGCCAAACUCGCUCAGCGACCAGAAACACCUCGAUGAAGCGCUCGCAAUGCUGCUGCGUGAGGACCCCAGUCUGCAUAUCAGCAUCGACGCCGACUCCGGCCAGACGCUCAUCAGCGGCAUGGGCGAGCUGCACCUGGAGAUUGCGCGAGACCGCCUCGUGGGCGACUUCAAGGCGAACGCGGAAAUGGGCCGCAUCCUCAUCUCGUACCGCGAGACCAUUGCUGCCGCGUCCCAGCCCGUACGGACGCCCCUCGACCCCACCACCACCACCGCCACAACAGACGACGGCAACACCAUAACCAUCACCAUCACAACACCCCCCAUCACCGACCCCGCCACGGGAGAAAGCACCGACACCCGCCUACCCAAAUGGCUGACCACGGCGGAACUCGAAACUGCGCUGCAAAACGGCGCAUCAGCGGCUCUCGGCCGUGGCCCCGCGCUCGGCUUCCCCGUGCGCGGUAUCGCAGCCCACGUCAGCGUCGACGUGUCGACCGACGUCCUCGGUCCCGAGAGCACCCUCGCCGCGUUCUCGUCCGCGGCACGGAUUGCCACGACUGCGGCGUUGAAGGAGGCGGCGGGCGGGGAGAGCGUGCUCAUGGAGCCGGUGAUGGACGUGGUGGUGACGUGUGAAGAGAAGGACCUUGGUAAGGUCGUUGGCGACAUCUCUGGUGCGCGCGGGGGUCAUGUGUUGGAGCUUGGGGGACUGGAUGCUGAGGCCGAUGCUGAGGCUGCAGGCGGUGAGGUGGAGAGAGAGGUGGACUUGGUGAGGGUGUAUGCGCCUGGAGUAAAGCGGAGCGUGGAGAGUAGGGAUGAGGGCGGGAGGAAGCGGAGUGUGAGGGCGAGGGUGCCGCUGAAGGAGAUGGUGGGGUACUUGAAGCACCUGAGGGGCAUCACGGCCGGAAGAGGCACGUUUGUGAUGAGUUUGGAGGGCUGGGAGAGGAUGAAUGGGAAUAGGGUGAGGGAGGUGGUGGCGGAGGUUAGGGGUGGGUAG